AUGCUUAGUGCUGGUCAUGUGUAUUCUGAAUAUGCGACGAACUUCCUACAAGAUGCAGACUCCAAGUCCAACACGCACCACGUCCUUGAAUUUGAUAGAAAUACCACAAGAUUUAGAGUGGAGGAGAUGGUCAAUCCCAGAGAGGUUCGUCCGGUAGGAAAAUUUGUAGUCAGGUUAGAUGAAAGGUGGUGCGAUUGUGGAAAGUUUCAAAAACUACAUCUACCAUGUUCACAUGUUAUUGCAGCUUGCAAGUAUGCACAUCACGACUUCAGCAUGUACAUAAGUCCACAUUACAGGUUGAAUGUCAUCGUCAAAGUAUAUGACAAUUUAUUUGGCGAGUUAAGACAUGAAGAAUAUUGGCCACCAUACCAAGGGCCACAGGUUUGGCCUCAUCCUGCCACAAAAAGGACUGAGAAGGGUCGUCCUAAAUCAAGUAGAAUUAGGACUGAGAUGGACAUUAGGGAAGGAAGACAAUCAACAAAGUGUUCUUAUUGUAGAACUGAAGGACACACAAGAAAUCAUUGUCCUAAUAGUUUAUGUUGUACUUUGAUUUGUUUUCAAUAA